AUGGCGACUGUACAAGACGCAUUAAAUGAAAUCGCCGAAUUCCGAAGAUGGAGGACGGUGCACACAAGAAAGUUCACCAGACUCCAAAAUGAUAACACAGAAUUAAAAGAAAUGGUGCGGACCCUAACAUACAAGGUGCUCUGUCUGGAGCACAAUCCGGAAGCCUAUGAGGCGCCCCAACCUCAACCCAGAGUUGACCCUGACGUGGUUAACAUCAGAAACAGGAGGCGGAGGGCCAGGGCCGCCGCUCGUCGAAGAAGUGACGAGCAAUUGGAGCAAUUGACGGCUGCAACAGAUGAAGCGCAGGUGGCGACGACCGAAGUCAGGGCGGCCACAACCGAAGCAAGGCAGGUUAAAGGGGAGCUUGUUCAGGCCACCACAAAUGGGCUGGCCACAAAAUCACAGAUGGAAGCAGUGUCAUCUGAUAUGCGUGUGUUGUUAGAACGCAUUCCAGCCCCGAGGGAAGAGGCCGCUGAGUCGGCCCCAUUCGUAGAUCCAACUCCUCCAGGAGUGGCAAAUAUCAAUGCCACCAGGAGGAGACUCGAAUUUGGGGAUCCAUCGGUGUCGGGGGAGUCCUUGGCACCAUCCGACACGGAUUCGACGCCGAAGGACGACGCGACUAAAGCAGCGACAGCUCCAGUCCUUCCCUCGAGUGGCUCUCUUGUGCCGUCUGACACAGAUUCAACCCCGCCUGCCUGCUCGUCAUUUGCCGUUCCCGCUAUGACCACCCCUGCCGCUGGACUUAUGCUCUCCACCAGUGGAUCAAUCGAUCCGUCAGAUACGGAUUCGACUCCGGCGGCCACCAGCUCUUUUGUUGCACCUAUGCCGACAAUUUCCGCCCUUUCCGCUGCAGCUCCUCUGAUGACCACCACUGACACGACUCCACAGUCUUCGGGUGUUUCUGCUUCCCCUCGCAGAUCACCCAGACUGAAGGAAAAAGCGGAGAAGUCGCCGGUAAAGACUCCCGUAAAAUCUCCAGCAUCAGCGAGGAGAAAAAGCCAAGACUUUGAAGCCACACCCAGGACUCUGAAAAGUUUCGCUCUGUUCUGUGCCGAGGGAGCUCUGUGGAUACUUUAUUCUGUG